AUGCCCGGCACGUUUGAGCUCCUCCGGCGCCAUGCUGGCGGCCGGCGGCACGGCCUUGGCCACGCAGGGCCAUUGCAGCAGCAACGACCGCCAGGCCAGCAACAAGGAGCAGGCCAGCGUGCCAAGGCAAUCCUUUCGUUAUCGGUUGUCUGGCGCAUCGCGCGUAUUAUUUCAUCCAUCGUGCUCUUAGCGUUGGCGGCCACUUUCGACUCGCCACUGUACCCAGGGCACAAGCAAAAUCAACCUUCAGAUACAUGUCGGCGACCAGAACUCUUCCAGUCGUGGCUCGCCGUGUCCAUGGUCGUGCUCGUCUGCUACAUUCUGUCGUCGGGCUGGACCAAAGCCCGCGAGACGUCAAGAGGUCGCCCACGUACGCCGCCGCCUGCUGACCUGGAGGCUGCCCGCCCACGCCCACUUCCACUUCCCGCGCCUCUGCAGCGUGUACGUUCUGCGCCGGACGCCGCCGCCGUGCCCCCACCCGCCGCCCAGUCACGCGCCAUUCUCUCCCACUCUUCCCCUACUGUUCAUCAUCUUUACCAGGCACCAUCCCUCUACCUUUCCAACUCGAGUCUAUCAGCGGGGACACCAGGACCGUCGACUCCAGCGCUGUCUUCUCCCAACUCGCCCGAAGCCAUGGUCUCGCCUUCAGCGCUCGCAUCAACAUACUCGCUCGGAAGUCUCGGUGUCUUGGCCAAGGUGCCAGAAGGCGAGCCCAUGCAGCAGCUCCCAAGCCUCCCCGUCGGCUCUCUCCCUCCUGCACUCUUAAACGCCGCAGCCGCUGCUGCAACCACUGAGCCGCGUCCUCGCCCAGACUCGGCACUCAUCCCAGACUCGCGUGCUCAGUCCCGGGCGGCAUCCCGCGGACCAUACCCGGCGCCAUACCUUACCGCGCCUGAGCGCAACGCCGUUCGUCGCGCCGAGAUUGCUCGCAAGGUCGACAAGGUCGCAGCGAGGGCGGACGCGCUCAUGGUCCCACGCAUCGUUCUCUUUGUGCUCGGAAACGUGCUCAUCUUCCACCCGUGGCCAUCCACCACGACGACAUGUUACAACUCUGCCCCCUUGCUGUGGUGGGCAGUGUUUGUUGGCGUCAUCGACGACUGGGUGCGCAUUGUCGCUUCUAGCAUCAUUGGCGCCGUCUUCUUCACCGUCUACUUUAUCUACCACGCCCUGUUGGCAGCGUAUGACACAUUUGCUAUCCGGAUGGGCUGGCGGCCGCCCCGCCCUCCUACCAACACCCGGAUGCCACAGCCUCUGGCGACUGCAGAUCUCUUGCGGUGCAAGAAGGUUUGCUAUGUCCCAGAUCCCUCCGACCCGGCGUCGGACGAUGGCCACAGCGUGCGCGAAGGCGAGGCAGUGGCACCGGAUGAGAUUGAUCGUUCACGUCUGCCCCUCCCCGCCGUCGUGCUCCCAGCCCACCGCGCCGUCUGUGGUGUGUGCCAAGAGAACUUUGCCCCACCUCGCGAGGUCGCGCGCAUCAUGUACAAGGUGCCGGAGCUCCGGCAGCUGCCGUGCGACCAUGUCUUCCACGAGUCAUGCGUCGACGAGUGGCUCCUCAACCAUUCAGACGCCUGCCCUUACUGCACGCAGAGCGUGCGUGAGGGCCUCCAAAAGCUUGAAGUCGCCAGGUCGGCAGCGGCGUCGCGCGUUUCGUUGCCGCAGCAGCCUACAGCCGCGGCUUCGCGUACUUCCCUCCACACUCCCGGCUCGCAGGCGUCUCUUGCCGCCACACGCCGCACGUCGCGCACUUCAAACCCAGCGGUCACCUCUCAGGCCUCACUCGGCCACUACCCCGCGGGCGCUCGCACUUCAGCACUCAUGUCUCAAGCGUCCCUCGCGUCGCCAUCGCCCGCCACGCGUGCUGCCUCGCGAAUGUCGGUCCACAACCCGUCCAUGUCGCAGGCUUCGCUCGCGCACUAUCCGGCAACUGGCAGCCGAGUGUCCAUCCAGUAUCCUGCCGGCACACGCACGUCUAUUCAAGUGCGCGCUGUUUCACGUGCGUCCAUGCAGUCCAACCCCGCUGCGUCGCAAGUGUCCCUUGGCCACUAUCCCACCGGGUCGCUGUCACAACUCGGAUACCCGGGCAACUACCCACUGGGGUACCCGUCCGCUGCUGCUGCCUCAGCGUCACGCACCUCACUCGUGUACCAGCACCGGCAGUCGCGUGGGUCGUUUGGCGCGGCCGGCUCGUCGGCGUCGCUCGCAUUCUACCCGCCGUCCACCACGCGCGUGUCGUUGAACGUGGCCAAUGGCUCGACCACGUCGCUGUAUCAUCCCGCCGCCUCGUCGCAUUCACUCACCACACCGUCCCGCGCCGCGAGCCGUACAUCCCACACUCGCACCGUUUCGGCCACGCAGGGCGAGCUGGAGCUGUCGGCGCAGUCUACCACGUCGCUCGGCGUCGAGGGAUCGCCCCUUAUGCGCUCAGCAUCGGCGUCCCGCGUGUCGCUCACUACGUGCCCGCCCGCGGCCGCAUCCAGCGGAUCCCUCGUCACCGUCCCGGCCGCCGUCUCGCGCGCCGCGCGCGCAAGUCUCGCCGAGAACCUUGCCGAGCAGGAACGCGAGGCCUUGCGCAACGCGGCCAAGGGCAUCGCGCGCUAG